UAUACCCUUCACUAGUCAUCUUACCUAUUCAUCUAUUUUACGACCACCUCUUGUAAAGAACUUAUUUAACGUCAUUAUGCCUAAACAUUCUAAAAAACCAAACAAGCAUGCCAAUGAAGAUGAUACACCAGGGCCAUCUUCAAAACGCCCCAAGACCGUGGUUUCUGAUGACUAUUGGGAUUUGGAUUCGGAGAUAUAUUCGACUGAGUUUAAAGGAGUCAGAUGGCCUCCAUGCCAUAAAUGCGCAUUGCGGAUCUGUGACGAUUAUGGUGCACGAUGCGUCCACUUGAAUGGCUAUGAAAACGAGGUUACCUGCAGCUACUGCCUUGAGCGAGGUCUAAGUUGCGAACCUCUAAACAUGAGCUCGAAAAUGGUUUCAGCUAUCUAUCGUCUGCGCUGUGCCGUCAAAUAUCGCGCCGCCUUAGGGAGCAUUGAUCCUCAGAAGCAUCUUGUAGGUCAUACCAAUAUCGAAUGGAUAAAUGCAUCCAACGAGGUACGCAAGAUUCUUGGGAAACAAUCCAGACGUAAUGGGAAGGGGCCACUAGUGCCUGUUCAGCCAGGUCGUACCGUUGCUUCCACUGUUGGCAUUAGUUCAGAAGGAGCUGAUGUAAUUGACAUCCCCGACGUCCUCAAAAGACUAGCGAUAUCGAUGGAGAAUGUCAGCGCUAAUAUGGGGAACAUCGCUACCGCUGUAGAGAAGAUUGCUUCUGCUCCUGGAAAGCACGACUAACUUUGGUGGCCGAAGAGUAAAGGGCGACACGACGAGGAGCAGUGUUGCGUGGCUCGGGUGAAGUAACACCUAGUAUGGUUAUUCGAUCUCUUUCUCUUUCUCUUUUUACAUUUCCUCUUCUGCCUUUCGCUAGGUACCUAGGAUUCGUAUAACAAUGUACGUCAGCAAGAGCCACAGGCGAAGGAAGAUAGGAAAGUGUUUCGUUAGGUAUCUAGAUACUCAUAGUUAUAGGUAGGUAGUCUGUCAACUUGAGUAACGCUUUAGAUAUCAAUUCUCGUCAGAGUCUUCUAUGAUGCUCUGUCUGUAAACUCUGAAAUUGUUUACAGAGACACGCUAUGUUUCUUUGCAGUGCAUGUUAUUAAACAUAGAUCGAGCGGUAGUCGUAAGUUCCGCCAUCCCGCCAAAUUAUUUU